CAAAGCUGGAAAAACACGGCUGAACAUAGUUUGCUGCUUUUUAAAAUUAAAUUUAACGCCGACAAUUUGAAAAAUCGUUUGUUCUAAACUGACAUGCAAACAAUUGUCUUUAAAGAAACAUUUUCCUUACUUUCACAGGUAAAACUGUUCUUAAUCAUUAAAGAUUACGCUAGAGAGAUCUAAAUCUUUGUACUCAAGCAACGCAAGUGCAAUUUAAGUUUGCUAUUUUGAGAAACGAUUCCUGUACAACUGAAUCGCACUGAAAUAGAGGUCCCGUGAAUUUUAUAAGAAGGCUUGUGAGCAUUGAAGAUGUUGGAAGGCAGGGCACUUGUUGGGGAAACAGAUAUGUCACAAAAAAUGCAAGAUUAUGCCAUGUUAUGUGCCUACGAGGCUCUUGAUUUGCAUGAAGUUACUGAAUACGAAGCCAUUGCUCGUUUCAUUAAGAAGAAGUUCGACGAAACAUAUGGAAUUGCAUGGCAAUGCAUAGUUGGGUUCAGUUUUGGAUCAUCUAUUACCCAUGUCAGUGGAACAUUUAUUUGUUUCCACGUGGAGAAAUUGGCUUUUCUGCUCUUCAAAGAUGCACUUUUCAAGGAGGAACAGGGUCAAAUGGGCUUUGCAUGUGGUAAGGUAAACUUGGCAUUUAUGAAGCAAUGACACAGAAAAGGGCAAAAAGCAAAAAGAGAAAAUGUGCAGCUAGGUACGUGUUGUCCAAAAUCGUUUUGGGCCAUUCAUGAGAGCUUGUUUUUUCUACGGUCUGUUCUUAGGGUUAUUUUUUCUUGGGCACCAUCGUAGAUCUACCCUUCAUUGGGGUUAUCUAUUUACAGCCAAGGUUUGAGAAGAGCAGGGCUUCUAAGUGGAUUUUUUUGUCGGUUGGCAUACUGUACUUCCUGUACAACUAAUUGGGACAACAUUGUAAACUGUUUGUAAUUUCUGUUUAGUAGAAAUCUGCCCUUUACUAGGUUGGAAGUAAUUAUAUAUAUAUAAUUCAAAAUUACAGAUUACAAAUACAAUUUACGAUACUGAUGGGCAGCAGCAACCAGCGAAACCUGCUGAAAAGAGAUCAGCAGUAGCAGCAAAAGCACAGAAGGAUACACAGGGCAAAAUGGAUUAGACAACAGCACACAAAAGGCGGAUAAAGACAUCUCCAAAAAAAGACACCCACUGUAACAAGGGAGUGGGAGUACAGAGAAACAAAACACUUCCACUCCAAGAAAAAAUCAGUCACACAAAUGAGUGUGGAGCUACAACAAUGAACAGAAACAUUCCCAUCGUAUUCUGAAAGCUGAUCUUCCACACUGACUUCCAAUGCAAGAACAUGUCUGCAUUACAUUCUGGAGGAGGCAGAGAAUGUAAUGUCCCUUUUUGGAACAUUGAAAAAGAUCCACUAAAAUUGUAAUAUAUUUUAUAAUUGAACAAUAAAAAUGAAUAAUGAAUUAUUAGAUAAC